AUGAGACACGCCAUUCCCUCACACACCGUCGAAAAUGUCCCAAUCAGGUUGAGUGGACAUAAGGAAUUCGAGGCAAAGUGUGGAAUCAAUUUUUGCAGAUGGAAAUGUCUGUUAAAAUUGAAUUAUUUAUUAAGCAAUUUAGAAAAGUCGUCUUUCCGUGGGGAAAUCUUUCUUUCUUUCUUUCUUUUCCUAUAUAGAUUCUUUCUAUUUUGUUUCUUUCUUUCUUACCUUUUAGUUUUUUUUUUUUCUACUCUGAUUUUUUCUUUCUUUCUUUCUGACUAUUUAAGUCUCUCGUUCAUUUUUAGCUUACGUUUUCCCAUAACGUCUUUCUUUCUUUCUUUCUUUCUUUCUUUCUUUCUUUCUUUCUUUCUUUCUUACCAUUUAAGUCUUUCCUUUUUUGAUCCUACGUUUUCCCAUUACGUCUUUCUUUCUUUCGUUUUUCUUCCUUUUCCUAUACUGAUCUUUUCUUUGUGUUUUUCUUUCUUUCUUACACAGAUUGUUUCUAUCUUUCUGUCUUUCUCUACACUGAUUCGUUCUUUUUCUUUCUUUCUUUCUUUCUUUCUUUCUUUACACUGCUUCUUUCUUUCUUUCUUUCUUUCUUUCUUUCUUUCUUUCUUUCUUUCUUUCUUACCAUUUAAGUAUUACCUUCUUUUUUACCCUACGUUUUCCCAUCACGCCCUUCUUUCGUUUCUUUCUUUUCCCAUACUGAUUUUUUCUUUGUGUUUUCUUACUUUCUUUCUUGCACAGAUUCUCUCUCUCUUUCUCUCUUUCUUUCUUUCUUUCUUUCUUUCUUUCUUUCUUUCUUUCUUUCUUUAA